ACAUUGCAAAGCCUAGCUACUACUACAACCCACACAGCGCGGCGGCGGCCAAUCUAGCAACCGCCCUGGUCAGUCCUUCCAGAGAGUUUCAUCAGGCAUGCAACAGAGCUGCGCGGCGGCCAAUCUAGCAAGGCUCCCACUCCCAGUCGUCCCUGGGCUGGAGGACCUGGCCAGCCUCUUCCUGCCGCGGAACGGUCCUGUUCUUCCCGCCCACGAUUAUUCCAGCUCGUUCGACUUCGACGUGGUCGCCGGCCUCGACCCCGCGUACUACUACUACCCACACAGCUGCGAUGGCGGCGCUGCUAUUGCCACCCCCGUCAGCUCGGUGUCUGCCGAGAGGAAGAGGAGAAGGCUGGCGUCCAACCGAUCGUCCGCGCGGAGGUCGCGCGCCCGGAGGCAGCGGCGCCUGCACGAGCUGUCGUUGCGGGCCGCCGAGCUCCUUGGCGCCAACCAGAGGCUCCUUGUCGACCUCAACCGCGUGGUCGCCAGGCACGGUGCCGUGGCUCGUGAGAACGCCAGGCUCAGAGAGGAAGCCGCUGGCCUGCGGACAAGGCUCGGCGAGGUGGAGGUGGGAGAGGCCGCAGCGGCAGCGGCAGCAGGGCAGGGACCCCUGCGUGGCCCCAGCUGAGAUGGCUUUGGUAGCCUUUUUAGUACAGUAGACUGUAUAGUACUGUUGAGUAUAGUACAGACUAUAGCCACUGUUUGACACAGCUUAUUUUCCGUUUUUUCACAAAUUUAAGCCAAAGUUCUGCCAAAUAAACAGCUUCUGCAGCAGCUUAUCAGUUCAGCUGCUUCUCAAAAUGAACUAAAAGCAGUCAACAAGCAGAAGCUGCUUUUUACCGGCUUAUCAGAUAAGCUGUUUUUUUAACCA